UGAUCUUAGCCUGAGGCAGAGGAAAUAAUAAGAAGAAAUUUCUGUGGUUCAGUUAAAGGAUCUGACAUACUGAAUUCUGCUUUGAAAACCAGGGAAGCUUCUUCUGUGCAGAACUGACCCACAUCUGAGAAUUGUCUUGAAUAAAAAUUGAAGCAAAAUGUCUGUCAUCGACCCUUAUCAGCACAUUGUGGUGGAGCACCAGUACUCACACGUAUUCACUGUGACAGUAAGGAAAGCCACAAAUGUGACCAAAGGAGCCCUUGGUGACAUGCUUGACACUCCAGAUCCCUACGUGGAGCUGUUCAUCCCGUCUGCUCCAGACUGCAGGAAGAGAACCAAACAUUUCAAUAACGAUGUGAAUCCUGUGUGGAACGAGACCUUUGAGUUCAUCUUGGACCCCAACCAAGAGAAUGUUCUUGAGGUUACUUUGAUGGAUGCCAACUACGUUAUGGAUGAGACUCUUGGCACAUCCACCUUUCCUAUAUCUUCUCUGAAACUGGGCGAGAAGAAGGAGGUCCAGUUAACUUUCAAUGAUGUCACAGAAAUGACUUUGGAAUUGUCUCUUGAAGUAUGCUCCUCGACGGACCUGCGCUUCAGCAUGGCCCUGUGUGAUGAGGAGAAGCGGUUCCGGCAGCAGCGCAAGGACAACAUCAUGCGCAGCAUGAGGGAGUUCCUGGGAGAGGAGCACAGCAAGAACCUGACCUCUGCCAGGGAUGUGCCAGUGAUAGCAAUCUUGGGGUCAGGAGGUGGAUUUCGUGCCAUGGUGGGGUUUGCUGGAGUCAUGAAAGCACUUUAUGAAUCUGGAAUUCUAGACUGUGCCACUUACAUUGCUGGUCUCUCAGGAUCCACAUGGUACAUGUCAACUUUGUAUUCACACCCAGAUUUUCCAGAAAAAGGACCCAAAGAGAUUAAUGAAGAAUUGAUGAACUCUGUGAGUCACAACCCACUUCUGCUGCUCACUCCUCAGAAAGUCAAACGCUACAUUGAAGCACUGUGGAACAAGAAAAGCUCAGGCCAGCCUGUCACCUUCACAGAUAUCUUUGGAAUGCUAAUAGGUGAAACACUUAUCCAUAAUAGAAUGGACACUACUCUGAGCAACAUGAAAGAGAAAAUCAAUGAUGCACAGUGUGCUCUCCCACUCUUCACGUGUCUCCAUGUCAAACCAGAUGUCUCGGAGCUGAUGUUUGCAGACUGGGUGGAGUUCAGUCCAUAUGAGAUUGGCAUGGCCAAGUAUGGUACUUUUAUGUCUCCGGAUUUGUUUGGAAGCAAAUUUUUUAUGGGCACAGUGGUGAAGAAGUAUAAUGAAAACCCCUUGCAUUUCCUGAUGGGUGUCUGGGGAAGUGCAUUUUCUAUAUUGUUUAACAGAGUGCUUGGUGUCUCCAAUUCUCAAAACAAAGGUCCCACCAUGGAAGAAGAAUUAGAAAAUAUUAGGCUAAAGCACCUUGUAAGCAAUGACAGUUCAGACAGCGAAGAUGAAUCCCAGCAUCCAAAAGGCACUGAAAACGCCAAGGCCAGCCAAGAGUACCAGAGCAGCAGCCAGGAGAGCUGGGUGCAGCGCAUGCUGAUGGCUCUGGUGGGGGACAGUGCCCUUUUCAACACCCGGGAGGGCCGUGCUGGCAAAGUGCACAACUUCAUGCUGGGCCUGAACCUCAAUACCUGCUACCCACUCUCUCCUCUGGCAAACCUGCUCACCCAGGAGUCCGUUGAGGAGGACGAGCUUGAUGCAGCCGUGGCAGAUCCUGAUGAGUUUGAGAGGAUCUAUGAGCCACUAGAUGUGAAGAGCAAGAAGAUUCACAUUGUGGACAGUGGGCUUACCUUCAACCUGCCCUACCCACUCAUCUUGAGACCUCAAAGGGGUGUUGAUCUCAUAAUCUCUUUUGAUUUCUCAGCGAGGCCAAGUGAUUCCAGUCCUCCUUUCAAGGAAAUCUUGCUGGCAGAAAAAUGGGCCAAAAUGAACAAGCUUCCUUUCCCAAAAAUAGACCCAAACGUGUUUGACCGAGAGGGCAUGAAGGAGUGCUAUGUCUUCAAACCCAAGGAUACCUCUUCAGAGAAGGACUGUCCAACCAUAAUCCAUUUUGUUUUGGCCAACAUCAACUUCCGGAAGUACAAAGCUCCAGGAGUCCCAAGAGAAACACAGGAAGAGAAGGAUUUUGCAGACUUUGACAUUUUUGAUGAUCCAGAUACUCCAUUCUCUACCUUCAACUUCCAGUAUCCCAAUGAGGCUUUCAAGAGGCUUCACGACCUAAUGGAGUUCAACACCCUCAAUAACAUUGAUGUGAUCAAGCAGGCUAUGAUGGAAAGCAUUGAGUACAGGAAGGAGAACCCCUCUCGCUGCUCCGUGUCUCUUAGCAGCGUUGAAGCAAGGAGGUUCUUCAAUAAGAACAAUCUGAACAACAACCCUACGUAGAGGAUGUGUCCUGGGUCCCACUCCUUCAAGAACCUGGUUCUGCCUUUAUAACUGGAGUCAAAAAGACAUUGUCAGAGCAUCCCUGCUCUGGGCUGGGCAAAGCU